AUGUCGAAAGAUGCAUUUGAUUUAUGUUGUGCCAGAUUUAAUGAAAUUGACAAAACAGGUGAGUCUGUUUUAAAAGCUAUACGUGAACAAUUAGAUUUAUUUGGUUUAUUAUCGUAUAUGGAUAACAAUAAGAUAACAUUCACAAGUGAUCGAGGUGCAUAUAUACUAAAACCAUUGAAAGUGUAUCCUGUAAUUUACUGCUUUGCUCACCGGAUAAAUAACGUGCUAAAAUUGACUUUCUACCAAACAGCGCAGAAUAACAAAAAAAGAGUUUUGAUAGCAUCAUCAACACCAGCAAAAAAGCAACCAAAAAAGCUCUCACAUAUUUGUGAUUCAUCAUCUGAUAGUAGUUCAUCCGAAGAUGAUACUAUAGCACCGUCACCAUCUAAACAUGGUGAAGCUAAUACCGCAUUAUCAGAUUUACCACCAAAGCCAGAAGAAGUUUUGAAGACAAUCACAACAAAUAAAAAACUUGUAAAAUGUGUGAAGUUGGCUGGAUUAAACAAAAACAUUGAAGAACGUGGUGGUGUAGCAUUAAAACAAGAAUGUGCUGUCCGACGGCUUUCUAUGUCAAACAUGUUAGAAUCAGUCGACGCUUCCAUUGAGCACAUAAGAUUUAUAUUAUUAUCAAAGUCAUCGAAGAGUCAAUGUUAUUUCAAAUUGAAUAAUAUCAAUAUUGAUGCAUUAAAAGAUUUAAUUGGUCUAUUAAGUGAAUUUAAAAAUCUGUCUUCGCUAGCACAAACUGGUGCUCGACCAUCGCUAUACAUGGCUUAUAUUUGUAUCAAUAAACGAGGACGUCAUUUAAGUAGUACUGAUGUUAAUGCAGAUGGUGAGAAUAUUGAUAUAUAUGAUCGUCAUGAAGGAAUUGAUUUUUUUCGAAAACGUCUGAUUCAAUUGUUAAAAUGUAUGCUCACGUUCGAUGAUAAGCAUCUUGCAACUGCUAUACUUCAUCCGCUUUAUCGAAAGCUAACAUUUGCUAGCACAUACUCUAAAAGUAUUGCUCAUUUGUAUAUUCGUAAACAGUUAAAUGAUAUUCUCGGUUUAAGUGAACAAGUACAUCGAACAAAUUCUAAACCAUUAAAAAAAAGCACAAGUCCAUGGAGGAUCAAUUCGCCGAUCCUGAUGAUAACAGCAGUACUGAUGAUAUUGGCCCAACAGCAAUGA